AUGGCGACGCUGAAAUCGGGGUUGGGAGGGAAAGGGUUGAAGCGUGGGAAGAUUAGAGAGGUAAAGAGGGAAGAUACCCCAACAGCAUCCUGGCGGGAUUCCGACUGGAGCAGCUCGUCGGUCAGUGGAGCUUCUGCAUCGGACGAGCGAUAUACCGUCCCUGCACAGCAGACGACGUCGGCCCUCACUAUGUGGCUGAGCCCAAGUGGGAUACCUUGUGGCAUGGCUAUUGAUGAUUAUAGAUUGCUCCAUCAUUGGACAACAACUCUGUGCCCUUUGUUGUCUGUCGCUUCCACGUUGGAGAAGAAUCCGUUCCUGCAACACCUGGCUCCGAUGGCAUAUGAUCCGGGUCCUUUACGACAUAUUAUUCUCUAUAUGGCAGCCAAACAUCUGGCUGUCCUUCAUGGCCAAUAUUUUCUCGAGCGAGAUAUGCUGCGCCAUCACACUCUCGCCGUCCGCUAUCUUUCUCAAGCUCUUGAUGAUGCCCACGAGGCGGUCUCGGAUUCCACUCUUGCGUCCAUCUUGCUGAUGCAGCAGAGUGCCAUAUUCGUUUCUGAUGCGGACAAGGGGACUCGGGCAGAUCACUUGGCAGGUGCUAAAUGGAUCAUCACCCGCCGUACUGAUCUAGUAUCUUCCCUAGAUCCGCGACGACGUUUCCUUCUAAGCCUCUUCAGAUACCACGACAUCAUGUCUUCCAUCUCUCGAGGAGACGCUCCUCUGCUAAAUUCCAGCGAUGGUAACACCAACUCCCUCAACCUCGGAUCCAAUGUGGAUUUACUCCUCGGCCGCAUCUCUUCCCUCCUGCUCCUCAUCUCCGAAAUCAGCGUGCUCCAAACGCGCAAGAAGUCCACAGAAUCCGAAAUCGUCGACACAAAUCUCAUAGCCAUCGCCUCAUUGAUCGAGAGCAAGCUUCAAAUCUGGACACCCGUGACCAGCAACACAGACUGGACGAAUACCGCCGAAGCAUACCGCCACGCCGCAUUUAUUUAUCUAUACCGCGUUACGUACAACAUUGGCGCGCCUCAUCCAUUGACCAUCCACCACGUCCGAUUAUGCCUCGACGCCCUACAUGCGGUACCAGCCAGUUCAACGCUUUCGUCUGUGCUCGUCUGGCCCAUUUUCACAGCGGGUUGUGAAUCGAUUGAUGCAACAGAUCGUGACUUCUGCAGACAACGGCUAAGAGACAUGUAUUGGAAGCGACGGCUGGAGUCACUUCUGCGCGUGCUGGGGGCCAUUGAGGAUGUAUGGGAGCAGAAAGAUCAGGAGUCAAUGGAGGGGAUUGAAAGGGCGAUACGUGUGGAUUGUAUUGGCGUGUUGAAGGGUCGGAGGAGGGAGAUUGACUUGGUGUAG